ACGUACGGUUUCAGGAAGGAGGAAGUCCCUGGUACUCGCACUAGCGCGAAUUUUCGAAGCUGUUGUGAAAAGUAAUUUACUGAAAUGGCUGAAAAUCAUUCAAAGUGUAAACUGAAACGAAAGAAAUCCUCUGUAGAAGAUCUCCAGCCGGAACUCUCCUCCAGGGGACCGCUGAACAACAGUUGUACCACCAUGUUCUCCGGGGCAGCUGGGAGGUCAGUGGUUGCUGCAGCAGUGUGGUGGAACAGACAGCAGCUGCCUGCUGUGGAGAGUCUGUGGGCAUUGACACUGAAGGCUGCUCUGGAGAACCAGCACUGGGACAUGGUUCCUGAUCUUCCACACCCAUCCACAGUGAGACCCACAGCACUAAGGUUAGAUGACCUGCGGUGGUGUGACCUCAGUGAAGAGGUUCUUCCUUUCCCCAUACCCUCUCCACCUCCUCGGAGGACUUCGUCGAGUCCAGAUCCUCUCAGGCUCAGCUUCUCCCAGCAGGACCUUUCAGUAAAGACCAAACCUGUACCAGACCCACCUGACAGACGGCCGUCCUUUCACAGCAAGCACAGUCAUAAUGGCAAGACAACAUCCCUUCAAGCCCUCACAGAAAAAUCACCCUUCCACAGCUGGGAGGGGGAGGCAUCACCAGUGGGACCCUCAAGUGUUAGGGGUGGACAGCAAGACAAAGAGACUGGACCAGUCAACAGACAGCUUCUCACAGACCAGGUGACGGUGUCUGACAGGCGAGUUCCUCUGCAGAAGAAGUAUAAAAAAAAAGAGGAGGUGGAUAGAGAAGCAGGAGGAGGAGGAGGAGGAGGAGGAGGAGGGCUGAAGAGCUGCCCGAUGUGCCUGCAGGAGUUCCCUGUUGGGUUCACCCAGAUGGACUGUGACGGCCACCUGGCCCAGUGUCUGUCGGAGGUCAAUGUGGAUGUGACCUGGUGAGCCGACAGGAUGCUGGCGGCUGUCCAGGAGCUGGGAGGAGCCCAGAUGCCACACACUCCAGGUUCAUUUCGUACAGAGAGGGACACACCCAGAGAGCAGCUCGUACAGAGAGGGGGACUCCAGACACUGAGCAAACCAGGAUGUCCAACGUGGAUGUCAUGGAAGAACAACUCUGAUGGCUCCCCUCAGAGGAACCCUACUGUCAUAUUUCAAUUUAGACACUGUGCUUGAGCCUCUUGGCCUCUGAUGUGUUUGAUUCCAGCUGGUCAAGAGGAUCCCCAAACUAAAAUGACAAUCCAACCUGCCUUGUCCUCUGAGAGACCAAAAUGGAACCAGGCCACAUCCUCCUCACAAACUCUCAGACAACUGUACACAAAUAUCAACUGACUCAUUUGAACACAAAUUGCACCCGGCCUGGAUGUUACCAACAUCAGUGGAAUUGUUAAUGAUGAUAUGAUCACAUUGUGUUACCUUUUUACUACAUUCUGAGUCAUUGGAGUUCCACAUGUAACAGUGGAAUUAAUUCAAACAGUGAUUUUGCAGGUAUUUGUUUUCUCCAGCCCUUUUAGAGACUACAGGAUCCUCUUGCAGGGUUCCUGAAAAAUUUGGAAGGUGUGAAAAUAUAGAGACUAGUUUUCCAGUCAUGGAAAAGCAAUGUUAAUUGUCCGUGCAAUGGACACUUUUUAAAAGAAUCUUUUCUUUUAAAUAAAACAAU